GCUAAACGAAACUGCAGCCUCGUUUUCUCGUUUCCUCUGUCGAGCGCUCGAGCCAUGGCCUCUCGAGAAGCGCGGCCGCCGCCUUCGCAGAAGAAACAAUCCCCACCACAGGGUUCCACCACAAUAAGCGCCCUCAGCGACGACCUCCUGCGCGAGGUAUUCCUCCGCCUCCCCUCUCUCCCGAGUCUCGUCCGAGCCGCCCUAAGCUGCCGCGCUUUCCUCCGCGCCGUCCGCUCGUCCCCCGCCUUCCGCCGUCGCUUCGGCGAGCUCCACCCUCCCCCUCUGCUCGGUAUCUUCCUCGACAUAUACGGCCCCGCCAUCCCGGUGUUCGCCCCCCUCCGCGGCCACUUCGAUCCAGACCUCGCCGCCGCCAUCCGUGGGGCGGAUUUCUUCCUCACCUGCCUCCCCGACGGAGAGGACGCCGCCUCCGAGUGGGCAAUCAGAGAGUGCCGCGAUGGAUAUGUCGUCCUUAUUAGCUUUAAUUCCAACCAGAUGGCCGUCUACAACCCCCUCACACGGGCCCUGGAUCUCUUGCCCCAGCCGCCCGGUGAGAUCUGCGAAGACAUGUACGUCGAGUUCCAUAUCGUCACAUCCGACGAGGACCCCAGGUUGUUCCGCGUUCUCUGCGUCUGUCACGAAGAGUGGGGGGCGCAAGUCGCUGUCCUCUCAUCGGACAAUAGGCAGUGGGAGAUUUUCCCAUGGGUUGAUACAAAAACUGGGAAUGAUGAGUACUCGACUCACGACGGAACGCUGCUGAAUGGGUCCAUCUACUGGACACAACUGAACCGCGUCAAUGGGCGUGUGUUGAACACCGCGACAAUGCAAUUCUCUCGAAUUGAGUUGCCGCUGCACAUGGAAGGGCAAGGAAAAUGUAUGGCUGGUGAGACCAAGGAUGGGAAGCUCUGUAUCAUGUGUGCUAUUCAACUCACGCUGGUUCUCUGGAUUUGGAGAGCUGGUGAUGAUGGUGUCGAGAGAUGGAUGUUGGACAAGACAUUUCUGUUGUCACAGGCAAUUACUGAGACUGCUCGGCGUUCAGCAGUAGCAUCAGCGCCUCAUUAUGCACUGAAGAUUGUGUCGAUUGUUGAUGGCUUUGUGUACAUGUCUACUUACUUAGAUCAUAGUGUACCUGGCUGGUUCCUGUCCUUCUGCCUAGAAACAGCAGAACUGAAAAAGCUCUGCCCUAUCCUUCAUGACGACGCUUCAUAUCCCUACGUCAUGUCGUGGCCUGCUUCAUUGCUACUCAAUAAGCCAAGCUUAUCUAGUUAAAGUCCGUGUGAGCUGCGCAAAAGUAUUGAGGUGAUAUGUGCUCUGCUCGAUUGCAAAAGGAGCCUCGGCGACUACAGAUGAAGGAUGGGGCGCGUGGACUACUGCUGGAGAAUGUUACGCUGCUUCGAAGGUCUCAAGGGGCGCAGCGAUCGGCUGGGGAGACUGAGCUGUGGAUUACUGCCUGAUGUUGCUGCACUUUUGUUCAAGCGCAAGGUGUGUUGCUGCUAGGCCGUGGUUGCUGAUGACUUUGGUUGCAUCGUUUUUGUCCUCAUCGCUGGGUCUGUAAUGAAAUGCUCUGAGGGCGUGUGCACAUGCUUCGACUUUGGAUGUUGGUUAUGGAGUCUAUUUUGUUGACUGUAGCGGCAGGUUUAUGUCCCAUGCCCCAUGGCAAGAUAGCCGAGCCGGCUAUUGCGAGUGGGUUUCCUGCCAGUGUUAGAUCUAGCUUCCCUUCCCUCUGCUAUUGUAAUGUAAUGUCCCGAACAAUGUUGUUUCUGUUGAUUUGCAAUGGAAAAUGGCAUAGCCCAGGUCGGAAAAAAA